AUGCCUCGCAGGAAGAAGAGCAACAGCCCGUCUCGCAAAGCCCAACUGUCAUUCCUGGAAAGGCCCCUGGAGGGUCCCAAGCUCGGUGGAGGCUCCCCGAGGCCCUGCCCUGCGCCUUCGCGGAUUGUGCCUCGGCGGCCAAUAAACCCUGAGGCCCGCCUAGCCUGGGUUUCCCCCCAGUUUAAGAAGCCCCCGGGCAGCUGGCUGCCCGUAGGCCGCAAGCCACAGCCGCCCUCGCGCCGCAGCCUGCCCUUCCAGGUCGGAGGCUCAUCUCGGCGGCGGCGGCGGCGUUGGCGGCGGUUCCAUUGGCUUCCGCCCUUGCCUUUAAAGAGCCUCCACCACGGGCCGGGUACAAACCCGGGCUCCGAGACUUCCUUCCGGGAGGCCUCAACCCGGCAAAACGCUCCCCGCUUGGAUGGGGCCGAGGAGGCUGGAAGGCCGCCGACUCUGCCACCCAACCCCAGGAGCUGUGACCCUCUGCAGCCUGACCCCCUUGACAAGAUUGCAGGUUUGCGCGUGGCCACGAGCGAUGUUGCUGCAACUUCGAGGGAUCAAGGAUUGGGGCACUGCCCCCUUAAUCUGGACCGGCCCCAGACCCCACCAUCAUGCCAGCCCCCUCUGGUCGUGGACACUCCGGAAGAGAAAUACGGCGUAAAGGUCACCUGGAGAAGACGAUUUCACUUGGUCUCCUAUCUUCGGGAGAGAGGGAAACUCAGUUUGAACCAGAUUUUCGUGUCGAAGUCUGGGGAAGCUCUCAAGCCCUAG